AAAAAACGAUUAAAAGCUUAAGUGAUAUUAAUUAACUAAUCUAUAUAAAAAAAAUUGACCGGAUCGAUGGAUAGGUAGUCUAAAGACCCUCCAAACGAGUGUAAAAAUUGAAUAUCUGACAACCCUGUUUCAAGCUUUGACCACUGUACUGUUUUAGGCCGGACCUUAUCUUUCUAAUGGCCAAGCGUGAUAAAACUAAGGUGUUUUCAUAAAAGGUUUUCAUCAAGUUAAUUAUUCAGACUAAAACGAUUUCUUUUAUGUGAUUCAUUUUUGGUUAGGAGUGAGGAAGGCAUCAACCACAAAGUUGGAUCAAGGUAGUUUUUCAAUAAAUAAUGUGUUUCAUGAUUCAACAGUUCUUUGACACUGAUGGCAGUUAUUUGUUGUUUUUCGUGAGUCCGGAAAACUAUAAAAGGUUAGAUGAAGUCCAGUAAUCUAAGUAUGAGUUCCCUAACGGUUAUUCUGUAUCUGGCAGCGGUGCUCGACUCAAGUGUUCCGCUGCGUCUGAACGAUCUAGCAUUUCCACAGGAUGACCUCCAGGAAGCCGUUAAGUCGAUUUUGAGCGAAUACUUUGUAUCAAAUCAUUCCGCCGUGAUCGUUCUUCGAUCCGCUCGGACCGGAUUCGACCUGGAACAACUUCAUUCGGAUAUCCUCGACCGGGUGAUGGCCCAAACGUCAACCUCGAUUGCCUUCAUGUUCCCCACAACAACAUCGGGCCUGUCUCAACGACCUUGCUUCUACAAUCUUCUGCUCAUCGACGGAUACUUGGCGUUCCAAACGGUGAUUAAACAGAUCGAUCCGGAUCGGAAUGAGUUCGGCGGACGGUUCCUGUUCGUGAUGACUAGCGCGGAUCGCGUCGAGAAGGUGACUCUGCAUUCCAUGUUCUCAACGCUUUGGUCCAACAACAUUGUCAACGUGCUCGUGAUAACGAAGCAGUACGGCGAGAUUCUGAUGUACUCGUACUUUCCAUAUAGCGCUGAUCACUGCGAGUACACUGAACCUGUGCUGGUGGAUCGUUGGGAUAGUGGUUGGGACAAUAUAAACCUGUUUCCAAACAAGUUGGAAAAUCUGUACGGAUGUCCUAUGAGGAUAGCUAGCUUCGACUACCCACCAUUUACCAUGAUAGCGAGGAAUUCAUGCUCUGGGGAACUUCGUUUGAUUGGAUAUGAGGGUUUUUUGAUCGAUACGAUUGCGCGCAAGUUCAACUUCUCCGUGGAAUUGGUGGUUCCGGAAGGUAACCCGCAAUGGGGAGUCAUAGAGAACAACACAGCUUUGUCCGGUGCGUUCAAAAUGAUCGUAAAUUUGGAGGUCAACCUGUCCGUCGGUGGAUAUUCAGUGAGAGAAGAACGCGUUGCUCUGAUGGAGCCGUCUGUUACUUACCACGUUGUGAGUCUUAUGCUUGCCGUCCCUCCCGGACGUCCAUACACGGCCUUCGAGAAACUGUUCCGGCCCUUCACCUUGAUUACUUGGCUUAUGAUUGCUCUGUACCUUCUACUUGGCUGUCUUUGCAUCGUCGUGCUACGAUUCUAUCCAAACAGUAUACGGAACUUUACCUACGGUAGAAGAACCGGGAGCCCGUUGAUAAACAUGCUCAAUUCGUUCUUUGGCGGAGCCCUGGUUCGUACGCCAGCUAGGAACUUCGCCAGAACCCUAUUGUUUAUGUGGAUGUACUACUCGUUCGUAAUGCGUUCGCUCUACACCGGAUCUCUCUACGAGUUCCUCCAGCAGAAUAAAACCUUCAGCCACAUCAGCUCAAUCGAACAUCUGGAGUCCGAGGGAAUCCCGUAUCUCAUCUCGGACACGUUCAAGGCGUUUCUCACCGCGUACCCUCAAGUUCUGAGGCGAACUCAACCCCUCGAAGACAAUCCACCUGCUGAAAUCUUUCACAAUCUCAAACGUGGUCGGCUGAACGCCGCAGUGCUCGCAACGCAUGACUAUAUCGCGUGGUACAACGAGAGGUACUUCCGGGAAGGAGUUGUCCACCUGGCGGAUGAUGUUCUUCUUCAGCAACCGAUCUGCCUGUACUUCCCCAAGCGGAACUGCCUGACGCAUCCGGUGAAUCUUCAAAUCGAAAACAUCAAGGUGUCCGGACUGCUCGGCUAUUGGAUGCACCAGUACGUUGGCUAUCGGUUCUACAAGAGGACCAAGCGGACCCAGAAAGCCCGUAACCACCAGCACUCGCCGAAAGUACUGACAAACGAACAUCUCGCGGGCUGUUAUCAAGCCUUGGUUUGGUUACUCGCGCUAUCCGCAGGGAUAUUCGCACUGGAACUUGCUUCCACAAGAUUUCACUGGCUCAGAAUGGUCUUUGAACGCAUUGAGUAACUGUGUGUGAUGCAUGGUAGACAUCUAUUAAGAGAGACGUGACCCGCACAAUGCAGUCGCGUGCCAUCACUAAUGCUUUUGAUGUUCCAAACAGAUAAGGAAGGUUUAAAUUGACUUCAAAUCAUUGCAUUAGCUACUGGCACCCGUGAAUGUCGACAUUGUAAAAGAAGCGUGCUUUGUAACAACAGCUUGCACUGGUUGUUUUUCAUAAUUGGGAAAUUGAUGGGCAUAAACUUUGCUUACA